AUGUCGUAUAAUGAUUCAAUUUUAACAAAUUACUCAAAUUACUCAACUCACUCUUUAGACUCGCACCAUCUAGAAGAAAUUUACAAACUUCGGUAUGAACUAUCCAAAAUACAUCGAAACAACUUGACUUGUUUUAAAAUCUCUCCCAAUGGCAAACUAUUCGCUUGUUCUUCUUCUGACAAAUCAAUCAAAAUCUUCAAUCUACAAUCAAAGUCCUUAAUCCUAGAGUUUGCUGGUCAUUUUAGUGGAGUCUCCGAUAUAGACUUUUCUCCUUGUUCAAACUAUAUAGCCUCAGCUUCUGAUGAUUACACUGUAAGAAUCUGGUCCUUGAAAUAUGCAAGAGUAAUAAGAAUUCUACUAGGCCACACUUAUCAUGUAACUUGUGUCAAAUUCAAUUACAAAGGAAACCUAUUGAUUUCUGGAUCCGAUGAUGAAGCCAUUCGAAUCUGGGACUGUAUCUCUGGUAAAUGUUUAAAGACUUUAUCUGCCCACUCUGAUCCAAUAUCCUCUCUAGAUUUUGUUUGGGAUGGCACUAUCAUUGCAAGCAGCAGUUAUGAUGGUUUAAUCAGACUAUAUGACACUGAAUCUGGCCAAUGUUUAAAAACUUUGAUGAACGAUAGACUAGGCAUAAGCACCUGUCCUGUAAGCUUUGUCACUUUUAGUCCAAAUGGCAAAUACAUUCUAUCAAGCACUUUGGAUGGCAAAAUCAGAUUAUGGGACUACAUGAAUAACAAAAUAAAAAAGUAUAUCUCAAUUGCAAGAAAAUACACUUGCUCAACUCAGUUCAUAACUGCAACAAACGAACCUCUCAUCGUGUCUGGCUCAGAAUGUGGCAAGAUCUUCAUAUGGGACCUUCAAUCUAGACAGGUCAAAUCAAUCUUAGACACACAUCAGGACUCUCCUGUUCUCCAGGUCCAUCUCUUUGACAAUGGCACAAUCAUGGGCUCCAUCACAUUGAAUGGCCACGUCCAAAUAUGGGACUUGAAUGAGACGUAUGAAUUCAACGACAACAUUGAGGUGGAUGAUGCAUAUGAUACAGAAGAAGCAAAGUAA